GCUACUUCCUUAUCAUGUGGUAACAGACUAUGAAGCAGAGGAAGAUGAUAGAAUCCUCGAUUCUGUCACAACAUUCCAAAUGCUUUCUUGCUCCCAGCAGUGGGAUAACAACAUUGCUGCCAAAGUUGCGGAGUUCACAGGAACAUUGGAGAGACAGGCCCUUGCUUUUAACAUAAUAACCCUCAAAAAUAGAACAAGGGAGAAGGUUGGUACAGAGGCUCAUGAGGCUAGGUUGCAAAUGGAUUGCAAAUGGAUGCGAUGGUUCAAGCAAAGCAAGUCUCGAGCUGAGUCUCAUGGCCGUGAUGAAAUGAUGGCUCGAGUACCAAUAAGGGGAAGUGCACUUGGUUCCCAAGGCUACAAUAUUGGUGAUGAUAUGGGAAAGCAGGAAGAAGGUGUUAAACCAGAUGAAAUGGUGAACCGUAGGGAAGCAAUACACAGAUGA